CCAAAGGCAACACAAAUUAACAUUGGAAGGGUUUGAAAAUGAGUUUGCUCAUAUAGAAGUCAACUAUUUUGGAAUUCUGAGCUAAAACAUUUACCAGUCGUGUUGGUGCACUCGAUCUUUUCGUGAUGAAAUGUGUUGCUUGUGUAAUGGCACAAUUCUCUUGCCCACGUUCCAGCUAUAUCAACUCCAGAUCUGUUGUAGAUCGAUACAAAGUUUGUUUCUACCAAUUCUUGGUUUGCGCUGUCCUUGACUAUUGGUUAUCGUUGUGCAUGUGUUACAAGUUGCAUGCAUGUAUUAUCUAACUGCCCCAAGCAAUAGUCAUGUAAUUAGUUGAUAAGGUAGACGUCAGUAUGCAUGAGAAAUUGCUGUUACUUAGCCUCUCAUCAUUAUGCCUAAUUUCUUUAACUUAAUAAAACUUCUAUGUGUCAAUAUGUACUUAUAAGGUAAGAUUACACUCUACUUCUCCGAAAUGUUGUUGCACAUAUAAUUACUGAAAUGAGGGAGUGACGUGAAGCAUCAAUCCACGUUUCGUAUCAAACGCUAUUUACGUUUUGGUUUACCAGUCACCAGUCACGGUAGUCGGUGCUGCUGUUUGCAUUUUGAAAGACAAUAGACAGAUUGUUUUUGUCUUGGCAACAACCAGCAUGUCCCAAAGCACAACAGGAAGUGACUCGAUUGCACAGCCGACUGAUACUAUACAAUCAGUGUCAGACGAUGUGUGGAAUAUUAUAAGAGAGGACCGUCCAAGCAAAGAUGCAUUCAUUAGAGCUCUGGCUGUCGAAGGAAAGGUAAUUGAUGCCCUACUAGAAAAUGGUAUAAUUGAAGACGAAUUAGUCAAAAUGGCAGUUCGUGAACCAACGAAAACUCGGGAAUACCAAGCGGAAGUCAUUUUCGAAAAUAUGAAGACAAACAAAAAGCUAGCCAUUAGAACUCUUGUAUUCAUUGCUCUAGAAAUACCCGGCAUCAUCAAUAUUCUUUCUCCGGAACUCUGGAAACAAGUUCUUCGUCAUGUUAAGUUACUGUCUACCAUGCUAGACAAUUGUUCUGAGAUUCAACAGCUGCUAAGAAAAGAGGAGGGCAGCGUCGUUGAAGCAAUUGAAGCCUUCAGGGAAGAAGCACGUUCAAUAACAAUAUUGUGCACAGGUUCAUCUGGUGUUGGUAAGUCUACUCUAGUGAACGCAUUAGCAAAUACUUUGGGACUUAAACGAUUAGCAAGAGCAGAAAGAGGAGGUGAAGGCGUUACAACAGACGUAUCCUCAUUUGACUUUAAAGUGAAGUCUGGAGACUUGAGUAUUUGCUGUACAUUUUGGGAUACCCCUGGAUUUACGCUUUCUGAUGAUAUUCCAAAGAAGUUUAGAAAUAUAGCACAACAAAUCAAAAGAGCUCAAAAAGAUGUUGAUCUUCUACUCCUUUGUUGCGCGGCUGAUUCAACUCGCAACGAUCGUGUAGAAGAAAAUAUAAUCCAAAGCCUUACUAAAGAAUUUGGCAAAGAAAUUUGGUCUCACACCGUUAUAGUUCUUACUAGAGCCAACCUGAUCAUAGAUCCAGAAAAGGUAGAAACAUCAGCAGAAUAUUUUCACGACCAAGGUAUCACGGUCAAGAAAAAGUUUGUUCGCCGAGUUCUUUCAACUUCUAGAAGCCAAUGUAAAAAUGGCUUAACUCCAACGGAAGCUGAAGGUGUUCCUUGCGUGCCAGUUGGCAGGCAAGCAGACGAUCUUCUUUUUGACGGUACAGAAUGGAGAAAGGAGUUCUGGCUCACUUGCAUUGGCAGAGUUCCAGCAGAUGUGCAAGGUCUUAUUGCAAGAUGGGGAUUAGAAGAGAGAAGGAACUUAGCUCAAUCUAUAGAAAUACAUGACCUGCUUCGAGUCUUAUUCAAUCAACCUGGACUGAUUAAGUUUAUUUGCCAAGUUGCUGUAGGCGGUGCUGCCGCUGUCGUCAGGGCAGGUAGAAACGUCGUUGGACCUCUAAGUGCUGCUACAAUAGCCCAAGCCGUAACCGAUGUGGCAGUACAAGCAGUUGCUGGUGGAGUGAUAGGUGGAGUGAUAGGCCAAGUCGGCGGUGCCGCAGUCUGUCUUCUAGUCGGACACUUACGUAACAUGUAGGAAAAAUAUUAAUAGGGUAAUGAUUUGUUAGCUUUGAUAAAGAUUAGAUUGUAUUUUACAUGACAAUCUCAAAAAGAGACACAUUGCAAUUUGCCUAAUUAACCUGUUUGCUUGCAUUCAUAGCUGAUAUUGCCUAGAAGUGCUAAUCUGAUUGCUACAUUACGGUAGAUUGUGUCAUCAGUUACCAUUGUAUGUAAAUACAUAUAUUUACAAUG